ACUCAAAGGUCAAAGUGCGCUUCUUUGAGAACGGAAGAAGCUAGAAUUGCGACGUUUUCUUUCAAUAACAAACGCUAGACAAGGGCCAGUAAUUGUGACAUUAAAGUUUAUUCAAAUAGUAUUAAUGCGAGCUGCUCCUCUCUGGUACAAUGACCACUACAAUAGUCCACGACACUUCAGAGGCUGUGUGCCUGUCUGCCGAGUACAACCUGUUCCUCAAACCCAUUGCCAAAAUGACUGUCAGCGUCGCCCUCCCCCAACUCAAGCUGCCCGGCAAAAGUAUCUCUAACUGGGAGGUGAUGGAGCGGGUGAAGUCCAUAGUCGCCCCGGAGCAGUUCUCUGUCCUCCGCAUCUCCAAGAGCACUAUGGACUUUAUACGGUUUGAAGGAGAGGUGGAGAACAAGACCGUCGUGAAGAACCUGCUCACAAGGCUUGACGGAAAGACCAUCAAACUAAGUGGAUUUACUGAUGUUUUGAAGGUUCGUGCUGUGGAAAACAAAGUGGACUGUCCCACACGUCACGACUGGGACUCGUUUUUCCGAGAUGCCAAAGACAUGAACGAGACGCUGCCGGGAGAGAGGCCGGACACCAUCCACCUGGAGGGACUGCCCUGUCGCUGGUUCAGUCAGAAGGACAGCCAGUACCCUGACAGACCCUCAGAGGAGGUGCUCAUAGCAGUGUUUGAGACUUUUGGAAAGAUAAGGAAAGUGGACAUCCCCAUGCUGGACCCCUACAGAGAGGAGAUGAUGGAUAAAAACUUCAGCACGUUCAGUUUUGGUGGGCACCUGAACUUUGAGGCCUAUGUCCAGUUUGUGGAGUACGGUGGUUUCACAAAAGCUAUGGACACACUACGGAGCAUGAAAUUGAUGCUGAAGGGAGAAGAUGGCAAAGCUGUGGCCUGCAAUAUUAAGGUGAGCUUUGAUACCAGCAAGCACCUGAGUGACGCAGCCAUAAAGAAAAGAAAUAUGGAAAGACAGAAGCUACAGGAGUUGGAGAAACAGAGAGAGGAGCAGAAACGUAGAGAGAAGGAAGAGGAGGAGCGGCGGAAAGAAGAGGAAAGAAAACAGAAAGAGCAGGAGGAAGAGGAAAAGGAGAGGAGAAAGGAGGAGAGGCUGCGCAAACGUGAGCAGAAACUAAAGGAAAGAGAGGAGCGCAAGAACAUGAAGAAGGUCAAGAAACAACAAGAGGAGGAGCAGAAGAAACUCCAGAUGAAGAUCGCCAUGGAGGAAAGGAGGCUGCUACUCGCUCAGAGAAACCUGGAGUCCAUACGGCUGAUCGCUGAACUGUUGUCUAGAGCAAAGGCUAAAAGGCAGCAGCAGUUGGAGAAGGAGCGGGCGGAGCGAGAGGACCUGAAAAGGAGGGAAGAGGCUCGGCAGAGGGCGGAGUUAGCCCGGCUGCAGCAGCUGGAGGCCUGCAGACGCCAACAGGAGGCAGAGCUUCACAGGGUGGAGGUGGAGAAGGAGCGAGCACUAGAGCUUCAACGCCGUGAGAAGGAACUGAGAGAGAAACUACUUUGUAACCUGCUCAAGAAAAGUAGUGGUAAAAAAUCUCCAGAUACUCAGGAGCCAUCUGGACCAGAGACCAGUGGAGCUGAUGACUUGAUAAUGGGCGUCCUAAGCAGGGUUAAUGGGUUAAAACCAGAGAAGUCAGUUGUUGUGCAAAAUGUGGAGGCAAAGAAAGAAGGAGGAGGAGGAGGAGAUAAUAAUAAAAAUGAAGCUAUGAGGAGUAGACAUAGCAAAGAGAACACAAAAGGUCCAGAGCAACCACACAGAGGUUCAAGCCCUUAUAACCAAGGCAGGAGGAGAAGGAGCCACAAUCGCCACGACAGCCGAAGGAGUUCCAGUCGCCACGACAGCCGGAGGAGGAGUUCCAGUCAUCACGGCAGCAGGAGGAGAGGUUCCAGUCAUCAUGGCAGCAGCGACAGGAGAAGGAGUUCCAGUCGGCACGGUAGCAGGAGGAGGCGGGGGAGCAGCUACACAAAGGGGAGGGGAAGGAGCCAUAGCAGUAGUUCUAGUCGGGACAGGAGCAGGAGCAGCAGCGGAGGGAGGGGUCAAGGGGAGCGUGGUGGAAGGGGCUACAGGCGAGGUCAUCAUGGAUAUAGCCGAAGCAGGUCUCGAAGCUCCUCCCACAGCAAAUACAGUGGACGAUACAGGAGGCACAGCAGGGAUAGGAGCCAUUCAAAUAGAAGAUAGACUUAAGUUUGACAGUAUAAUAAGACACAGUACAAAGAGAUGCAAUGGUCCUUUCAAAAAACUUGAAUGUCAAAACAGAGACUGUGAACAUGGAAAGCUGCCAUGCAUGUGAAAUUCAGUGGUAUUUGUUUUAUUGGACUAGUUUUACGUUAACUUAAUAUUUUCCAUUAGUUUUAGGCUGCUCUCAUUUGACAUUUUUACAUUACUGUUCAAAAGCAAAACAGUAAAUGCUGUAUUGAACUUAAGUGUCUACUAUGAAGAGGGGGGAAGAGUAACUAAAGUCAUACAGCAUAACUAAUUUCACAACUAAGAUUUUAACUCACAGUUUACUCUUUAUUUUCUUCAAAGGGCAUUGUCAAUCCUGAAUGUGUUAUCACACUAUAAUGAUUAAAUGUAUUGAACAGCAACUGACAGCAUUGUAGUGCCUGUCAGUAAGAUACUUGAACAUAACUAGUAAGAUAUGAAUAGGAGAAGAUACAAUAAUGCAUAUGCCACUGACCAUAGGAUAUGUAUUGUACCUUUUUGUUAUGAAUGAAAAUGCCUUGUUAAGAUUAAGCUGUCCAACACUUUGCUAGGCAUUCUUAUUGGUUGUUGCAUGUUCAGCAUCUGUGACGUCUCUCAAAUAAAAGUGGUUCUGGAGAUU